AAUUCACGCAAAUAUAAACCACAACGCAUGGAGCUGUAAUCACCAAUUCUGCUUGUUUCCAGCAACGGAAAAGUAACAAACCCUGCUCGAGAUGGCAUCAGUGAAGGCAUCCCUGGCGUGCGUCCUGCUGUUCGCCGCUGUGGCUUACGCCGCGUUUCCCCAGCAUCAGGAGGCCGCGGCCCAGCACGAGAAGGCUGAAUUUGCUGUCGCCGACGUAGCUCGGACUGACGGUGCUGAGGUUGCAGACACUGAGGCUGAAGCAAAAUGGAUUAAUUGUUACCCGGGCUGGUCAUGUUACUCCGGGUGGGGAACGUGGGACUACUACUGCUACUACUGGGAGUUUACUGCUUACACGUGCUAUUCCUACUACUACGGUACCUUGCGCUGCUGCGUUCCUUAUUACUUAGGAUAGCGGACUAUUACUGCGAUACACGGGAAGUUUUUGGUCCUGGUAAAUACUACGUUGUCCUAGUAACUAGCUAGUUCUUGGUCCUGGUAACUACUUCGUCGUCGUGGUAACUAGCUAGUUCUUGGUCCUGGUAGCUAGCAAGUCUGUACAUGGCUUGUUCAAUAAAUAUUAGUGUCGCCGGUGUACCGCUCACUGCUGCACAUCGACUCAUUUCCGGGCUAUUUUCUUCGAAAUGAUAUUCUCUGAUGUGUCUUCAUGAAAAAACGCAUUAAAAAGCAACUUGCA